AUGGGAUGUACACAUAGUCGUAACUCGAAAUCGAAAUCUUCAAAAGAUGAGAAACCGAUGGAUCGCUCGAUGGCUGAUCCGAAAGUUGUCAAACAUUUUGAUCAGUCCCGAAGUACAGAAGUGUCAAAUGAAGCAGAAGUUCAAACUCAUUCAAAUUACUCACGUCAAGUUUUGCAACCUGAAGUCAAGCCAAAAGUAGUUGAGAAUAUCGCUGCUCCAGUGGCGUCGACAAAUUUGGCGCCUGAACCCGCGAAAAUUGAAGAGAAACCAGUACCCGUUGUAGUUCAAUCCACAACGAUUCCACCGGAUCCGCCGGUUGAGCAAUUGUCGCGGCAAGCUCCGCCAACGCAAACCUAUGUCGCUUCGACCUAUUUUGGACUUCAAGCGCCGACGGAAAAACAAAAAUCGCCGGAAAAGAAGAAAGAAAAGAAGGUUGAGGCCGCUCCGAUGCAACCACAACCAGGCGUUGUUCCGAAGAAGAAGAAGGAGAGUCCAUUUCGCGAGAGAGCUUCUGACAUUAAGGGUCCAUAUCGCACACAGCUCACUAAGAAUGAUUUGGAAUGCAUCAAAAAGGCCGUACAACAGAGAAAUGAAAGACGAGCUUACAUGAUGGCUCAUAGAAAUGAGGAAGAUGACACCUUGUAUGAACUUGAAACGAAAAUGCCUGAGCGCGAUUAUACUCAGAAAAAUGGCACGAUCGCUUAUUAA